AAAGAAAAAAAAAAAAGAAAAAGAAAAGAAGAAAUAUAUUGAAUACAUUGUUGUUAUUGGAGGAAUAAGAGGGGUAAAAAGAACAAGAAGAAGAGUUGAAGAGACAGGCACAUGGAAUUUUUCACGUUGCCUCCGAUGAAACGAGUUACGAAAGAUUUCUCUACUGGAUAGGAGGGAGUUCUUCUCCUCGUUUCGGAAGCUCCUACACUUGGAAGACUUUCUUGGACCAGCAGAAGGGACUUUAGGAGGGUCGUGAGGAGAAGCAACUCAGGCUGCUCUCUCAUUAUCAUAUCCCAGUGUUUGGCGGCGGUUAAGGAUGCAACACGUUCGUGGUGCGUGCGAGCCCAUAAGGAUAGAAAUGUGUCGUGGUUUGGGUUACAACGUGACCGCCAUGCCGAAUUUGGUGGGCCACGAGAUUCAAGGAGACGCCGACUUCACCCUACAAACGUUUAGCCCGUUGAUUCAGUACGGAUGCAGUGCUCAACUUCAUUUAUUCCUUUGCUCGGUAUACGCACCAAUGUGUACAGAAAAGGUACCAUCACCGAUCGGUCCUUGCAGAGGUUUAUGCGAACAAGUUAGAGCUAGAUGCUUUCCAGUUCUUCAAGGUUUUGGUUUUCCUUGGCCAGCAGCUUUAAAUUGUUCCAAAUUUCCACCGGUGAACAAUCAUCAACAUAUGUGUAUGGAAGGACCAGGUGAACCAGGUCCUGCUAAUCCUAUCCAGGCAGUCGGUGCCGGUGGUGGACCUUGGGGCUGUUCGUGGUACGCCAAGUCUGGCUUAUACGUGUUUCUAAAUCGUUCUGGAAGAUGCGCAGCAGCUUGCGAUGCAGAUAUACUUUGGUCGCAAAAGGACAAGAAAGCUACGGAAGCUUGGAUGGCAGCAUUUGCUACGGUUUGCCUGAUUUCCGUCACUAUUGCGAUCUUAUCAUUGUUGAAGCCAAGAAAACAAUCUACUGUUAUGAGUACGGCUGAGAAAGCAAUUACAUGUCUCGCCGUUUGUCAUGGGAUCGUUGCAGUAGGUUACGUGAUUCGAUUAGCUGCUGGCAGAUUGACCGUAGCUUGUACCCCUGCAAUUCCGUUACAUCCCCAAGAUCAAGUGGUUAUAUCUCAACAUCAACAACAAUAUUUGACCCAGGAUGGAUUAGCUAAUCCUUAUUGCGCUGUUGUCUUUCUCUUGUUAUAUUAUUUUGGGAAUGCUGCUAUCGUAUGGUGGGUCAUCGUCUGUGCAUGGUGGUGCAUAGUCGCGAGAAAAUGGUCGCGAACAGCAGGUAAUUGCAAGGAGGAUAGUUUCGGUCUGCAGCAGGGAUUCUCAACCGUGGGAGCGGUUGCAGCAUGGGGACUUCCAGCUGCUCAUACGAUCGCUGUUUUGGUCACUAGGGAUGUCGAUGCUGAUGAGCUAACGGGAAGUUGCUUCGUAGGACAACAAAAUGCCCGAUCUCUUUUGGUUCUCGUAUUGAUACCACAAUUCGUUUAUCUAUGUCUGGGUACAACGUUCCUUCUUGUCGGUAUAACGUCUCUUUUAUUACCAAGGCCAUUGGUCACACCAAGCUCCGUUGUAAACGCACUUCAACAACAACAACAUCAACAACAACAACAACAACAACAACUACAACAACUACAACAACAACAACAUCCUAAUCCAUUGAUCAGACAAAGAGAUUCGUCAAAGUCACCGGGUGAAAUACAUAGGAGACAUAAAAUUUUGUUAACUAGAGUCGGUCUCUUUGCUACAUUUUAUGCAGUGACAAUGUUUUGUUUAACCAGUACAACCUUUUACGAAUGGUGGGGUCGUGAAAGAUGGCUCAGAGCACCAGAACCAUCGAGUUCACCCAGAGUACCGUCGAAACCUCUCGUUCAGUUUUUCGUUCUUCGAUUAGUAGCUUCUUUAGGAAGUGGCAUAGUUACAGCUGCUUGGAUUUGGUGGCCUAAUUUAAUGAACGUUUGGAGACGUUUACCACCUUGCAAACAACCACCUCACAAGUGUCAUCCUCAUGGAGUACCUGUACCCGUAGUACAUUGUUUCAAUCCGGGUUCUACAAGUCCAACGCCACAUCAAAUUCAUCAUCUCGGCCAUUUGGCUCCACCGCAGCAUUCACUUCUACAUCAACAUCAAAUCGUUAGUAAUUCGUCGUCUAGUAGUCAUAGAAGUCAUAAGAAACAUAGGAAACAUAGAAAGUAUCAUAGUGGUAGCGAAACACAAGUAUAAAUAUUUUUAUAUUAUGGAUAAUGAAAUUGAUAAACUGUAUGUACCUAUUUUUUAAUCUUUGCCAUAAUAGUUGUUUUUUUUUUCUUCUUCUUCUUUAUAAAUACUGUACAUUGACGAAUGUACUAAAUUAUUCGCUCUUUUAGGAUCUAAAUAAGCGAAUUUAUUUUUUCUCUGUGUCAUUUAAUUUUUACAAGGAGAAUGCAUAGGAGAUGAUGAUGAUGAUGAUGAUGAUGAUGCAUGAGAGGCUGUAUAACAUAUCGUAAUAUUACGAGUCUGAUGUGUAUUUUAUUUAUUUGGCAAAAUGAAAAUUUGUGCUUCGAGUACAGAAACGAUGCUGUGAAUAGUUUAAGUAGAUUUUGAUUAUUUGAAAUACUUUUAAUUUUCACAUAUCAAGUAUAUAAAUAAGCUUUUAGAGUUUUUCUUAAUUUAUAUAAUUUAGAAACUUUUUUU